AUGAAACUCGGAGGGCAGAACUUGUUCCUGUUGAAUGAUCCUGUGGUGGUCAAAGACCUCAUCGAAAAGAGGAGCAGUAACUACUCUUGUCGCCCUGACUUGUAUAUCCGGAGCUUUGGCGAUAAUCUGAAUAUUGCUUUUCGAGACAACGAUGAUGUCUGGCGGCGACAAAGAAAGAUGUAUCACAUCCGUUUGAACGUCAAAUCAGCAGAUAGAUAUGUCCCAUACCAGGAAUUUGAUAGCCUCCAGCUCAUCAAAGAUCUCGCCAUUCGACCCGAGAGCUGGGUGCAGCAUGUGCAGCGGUACACAGCGAGCAUUUCUACAGCGUUGCUCUACGGUUGGAGGACUCCAGAGACCAAUACCGGCUACGUGAAAGAUUUACUUGAAGUAUUCACUCCACAAGGCUCCUGA